AAAUAUGAUUAAGAAUAUUUAACUUUUAAUUAAUGUGUUUGAUAUUGUAGAAAAUAGGGACAAUGCAUUAAUUAGAAAUAAUGAGAUUGAAUGAGUGACAGUUAUAACGAGAUCCGAAAAGUGGUAGAAGUGAAGCAGAAGAAGAGGAAUGGCCGGAAGUGUAGUGGAAAUUGCCAUAGCCAUUGCCAAACUAACCCUUUCCUCAAUCCCGACAAACCCCUUCUCUCAAAUCACAAAUACUAUUUUAUAAUCACACAGAUUCAGAUUCGGAAAUAAAUAACGAAUUACAAAAGCAAAGUCAGCUCUAUUCAGAUUCAGAUGGUAUGAUUUCAAGAACCAUUCAACACUUCUCGUCCUUCAAUACUAGGACCUUCCCCUAGGAAUGAUCGCAUCGACUGCUUCAUUUUAUUAGAAUUCUAGGCAACAUGAAGUUGUGGGGGCAGAAAGCCCACAUUUAAAUAAUCAGAUCAGUUCCUGGAAUCUACCAGCACAUUUCAAUGACCUUUCAGUCCAAUAUCUGGUUUUGGAUGUUGAUCUCAUUCAAAAGAGGCUUGCAAGUUGCAAGAGCUAUGCACAAUUAGCCCAGAAUGGAGGUUAUCCGAAUAUGACAUCUCGUAGAGCUUGUCUGAAAUUUUUCUUGGAGAUAUAUUGGAUUCGUGUACAGUUAUCAGUUACGGGUCACAAUUUGCUGAACAUGAUAUAGAAUUUUGAAUCUUUGAGGAGAUGGAAAAGACAGGAAAUGAUACCGGGCCAGCAGAGGCUCUGCCUCCCGAUUCUCCUUGGUGGCCAGCAGAUAUUUCCGACAAAUUGCAGUUGAUCACUCUGGUUUCUUCCGAAGAUAAAGCAAACUGUACUGUAUUGAGCAGCAAACAGGAGCGAGAGGGCUUAGCAUCAAAGAGAGCGUCUCAGAUUCUGUGGGACACAGGGGAACUUGCAGAGCCUAUUCCUGAUGGUUUCUACUUUGUUAUUCCAGAAAGAAGAUUCAAGGAGCUAUUCGAUACUAUUCCAUCUUUGGAUGACCUUUAUGCUUUGGAGACAGAGGGUCUUCGACCUAAUGUUAUUCUUGUCAAUAUGCAUAAAGAUAAGAAGCUUUCCAUGUUAAAACAGCUCACUCUCACUUUAGUGAAAGGAUUGAGUUCGACUCCAGCUGUAGUUGUGAAGAAGAUUGCAGGGUUGGUUUGUGAUUUCUAUAAGCAUCCUAAGUACAAGUCCACUCAUGUGAGUGGUACACUUGAGGAAGUCUCACAUGCUUUGGGUAGUCAAGGAAUCCACAUGCUGUGCCAAAUAAAGGAUGGUUCCUGCCAUUCUCGAGCAAUCUUAUUCAAAGUUCUUGCUGAUACUGUGGGCCUUGAGUGCAAGCUGAUUGUGGGUUUCCCAAGAGGAGGAGCGCUGGAGUGCGCAGAUUCAUCUAAGCACAUCUGUGUCACAGUCAUUCUGGAUUCUAUAGAACUACUGGUUGACCUUAUGCAUUAUCCCGGCAAGCUGUUUCCUUGUUCAACGAAGCAGCUACAUCGCUCACAUUUCUUUGGUGAGAGUGAUUCUGUAGAAACUGAUUCAUGUAACUCACCGAUGGAUCCCAUUAGUCCUACCUGUUUCAGUUCCGACUACAGUGGCACUGGAAGUCCAGAGCAUCCUUUCUUCAGGGGACCUGGGAGGUCUAUUCUUGGUGGUCGUGCACAGUCUUUCAAGGACUGCAACUAUGACGUUACUUCUUCAAGGUCUGCUGGUGCAUCACCUAUACACACUCGUAGAAGAAGACGGAGGUCCAUUAGCAUGAUUCCGGAGAUUGGUGAUGACAUUGUAAGGGUUGUUCGGGAAAUGAAUGCAACUAUGAAGAAAAAUCAUCUCUCAGCAGAACAAGCAACAUUUGAUUUGUCUACAAGGAAAGGGGAAGAUAAUUCUGGUCAUCAAGUACAAAAUUUCCGUUCAGAUGACCUAAAUACAGGAAAUAGUGAAAAAGGUCAGGCACAGCAUUUUCACAGGAAGUGCUUGCCAUCUGACAAAGCAAUAUCCCUGCCUUCAUCACCACGCUGGAGCUAUGGCAGAGGCAAGGCAGCAGGAAUUUUUGGCAGUCCUGAUAUGAUGUCAAGAUUGGACAAAGUGAUAGAAUCAUCAAGGAUCCUCAACAAACCAUUGUUACCAUUUGAUGAAUGGAACAUUGAUUUCUCUGAAAUAACCAUUGGAGCACGUGUUGGAAUUGGUUUUUUUGGAGAAGUCUUUCGUGGUAUUUGGAAUGGAACAGAGGUUGCAGUUAAAGUUUUCCUAGAACAAGAAUUGACUGAAGAGAACAUUGAAGAUUUUGCCAAUGAAAUAUCCAUCCUGAGCCGCAUUCGCCACCCAAAUGUUAUCUUGUUCCUCGGUGCUUGCACAACUCCACCUCGUUUGUCCGUGGUUACUGAAUUCAUGGAGAUGGGAUCCCUAUAUCAUUUGAUUCAUGUAAGUGGACAGAAGAAUAACCUCAGCUGGCAAAGGAGAUUGAAAAUGAUUUGUGAUAUAUGCAGGGGGCUGAUGUGUAUACAUAGGAUGAAAAUUGUGCAUCGUGAUCUGAAGAGUGGAAACUGCCUCGUAAAUAAACACUCCAAAGUCAAGAUCUGUGAUUUUGGGCUGUCCCGAUCAUUGACUCCAUCGCCCGUGCAAGAUUCUUCCUCAGCAGGUACACCAGAAUGGAUGGCCCCAGAGCUUAUCCGUAACGAACCUUUCACUGAAAAGUGUGAUAUUUUUAGUCUUGGGGUCAUUAUAUGGGAACUGUACACACUCAAAAGACCAUGGGAAGGUGUUCCACCUAUCCAGGUUGUAUAUGCUGUUGCUAAUGAUGGAAAACGGCUAGAAAUUCCUGAAGGUCCUCUAGGAAAGCUAAUUGCAGAUUGCUGGGCAGAACCAGAUGAACGGCCUAGUUGUGAGGAAAUUUUGUCACGGCUAGGAGAAUGUAGUAGGUCUUCUGCUAAUUGAUUAGAGCGAGGAUUAAUUCUUCUAUGAAAAUUGUAUAUAUUCCAGUCUUUAAACAUCAAUUUCCUUAAAUUUUGAAGUCUAUAAAAAAUAAUGUUACUUCUAAACUCCUUAGUUCUGGUUCUU